AUGGGAAACGAAGAAGACGUUUUGAACCAUAGAUUGAAAUCUAUUAAAACUUCACUUUCCCUUACUAAUAAUGCAGUUAAAGCCAUAGCCAAGGAUACUCAACAAUCAAUUUAUGAUUUAGAAACGUUUUCAUCUAAAAUAGUUGAUUUCAGAAACCAAAUAUUAAAAGUACUGGGUAAGAAUACAGGACCUGGAUGUUCAAUUUCUGAGACUUCAUUUCAAGAGCGGCAAGACACUGUAACUAGUAGAGCAACUCAGAGUAUUCAUUUAUUAGUUACAGUCCCAAUUCUAGAAGAUUUGGUAGACAAUAUGCUUCACUGUUUGCCCAUGAUAUUUCUCACGUUGUUAGAUUGGUUUAAAAAAUCGAUCUUGUGGAUAUAA